AUGCACUUCGACAAGCGCCAGAGCGCCCAGAGAUGCUCAAACCCUCGUAUCCGCGUAGAAUGGGACAGAAUGAACGAUACUGACAGGCAAAAAUACUUCGAUGCCUUCAAGUGCUUGAUGCGCCGCCCUCCCUCGGGUCAAUUUUCUCAAGCGAAAAGUCGAUACGAAGACUUUACAGCGCUGCACCAGAUUCUUACACCCAACAUCCACACCAACGGCAAGUUUAUCUUCUGGCACAGGGCUAUGCUUCUUCUUUUGGAGCGUACCAUGCGUAGCGAAUGUGGGUUCGAUGGACCCAUGGCUUGGUUCGACGAAGCUCGCUAUGCUGGCCGCUUCGCGCAAUCCUCCCUGUUCAAUUCCCAAUGGCUUGGAGGCCUCGCAAUCAACAACCAGUGUGUAAGGGAUGGUCAAUUCGCCAACCUUAUCUGCAAUGUCGGCCCCGGCUCAUCCAAUCAGCCUCAUUGUCUGUCGCGCAACGGUGACGGCGCCCUCACCAAGAACUGCAACCAAGAAUACGUUGACAUUUGCAACAACUACCCCGACUGGGCUGGAAUGAGCAGAUGUGUCUUCCAGGGUUACCACGCCUUCGGCCACAACGGAAUCGGAGGCCCUAUGAUGGAUGUACAGGCCUCUCCUUGUGAACCAUUCUUCUUUCUCCACCACGCUUAUGUCGACCGCAAUGCACGCCUCUACACCAACAAGAACCCACAAUGGCUCUCUCAAAUGAACGGAGUCGACGCUUCCGACAGACCACUCACCCUCGACACCACCGUCAACACCUACGGAAUGAUGCCAGAUCUCACCAUCCGGGACCUCGUCGACACUCUUAGCGUGCCGCUCUGCUACAGAUACGACUACUAA